GCUUCCCUACGCUUCAAUAUCCUUGUAGGGGACAGUUUCUGAGUCAAGAUUUCACGCUUUUAUCAGUUUAAGAAGGCUCUGGCAAGGACAAAGCUCUUUCUGUUUAUACUUCGGCUGUAAAAAUGGCCUUGACUCAGUUGUGUCUCCGGACAUUAGUGCAUUUUGUUGUUAUCUGCGUCAUUUUGCUAUUGAGUAAUCAAAUUGUUACGGCUAAAAUCAACCGAAGACCGAACAUUGUUUUGAUCCUUACCGAUGACUUAGAUGUUUCACUUGGUGGUAUGAUCCCACUGGUCAAAACGAAGAAGCUAAUUGGCGAUGCUGGGAUCACGUUUACCAGUGCAUUUGUUGCCAGUCCUUUAUGUUGCCCCAGUCGAGCCAGCAUCUUGACAGGGAAGUACCCUCACAACCACCAUGUGAUCAAUAACACCCUGGAAGGCAACUGCAGCAGUCAGGCCUGGCAGAAAAGCCAAGAGCCUAAUACUUUCCCGUUCCUGCUACAGAGAUAUGGAUACUACCAGACUUUCUUUGCUGGGAAGUACCUGAAUGAGUAUGGAAACAAAGAUGCUGGCGGUGUAGAGCACAUUCCCCCUGGCUGGGACUAUUGGUUUGCUCUGGAGAGAAACUCUAAGUACUACAACUACACUCUAUCUGUAAAUGGCAAAGCACAGAAACAUGGACAGAAUUACAGUGAAGACUACCUGACAGAUGUUCUGGCUAAUGUCUCCAUAGACUUCCUCCAGUAUAAGUCAAACUACAGACCGUUUUUCAUGAUGGUGUCCACCCCAGCACCUCACUCACCCUGGACAGCAGCUCCACAAUAUGAGGACAAAUUCAGUGAUGUAAAAGCACCACGGGACCCCAGCUUUAAUGUACAUGGCAAGGACAAACACUGGCUUAUCCGACAAGCCAAAACGCCAAUGACAAACUCCUCAGUGGAAUUCUUGGACAAUGCCUAUAAGAAAAGGUGGCAAACACUGUUGUCAGUGGAUGACCUGGUGGAGAAGGUACUGAAGAAGCUGGAAGUGAGAGGAGAACUGGAGAAUACCUAUGUUAUCUUCACUUCUGAUAAUGGUUACCACACAGGUCAGUUCUCUCUUCCUAUGGACAAGAGACAGCUGUAUGAGUUUGACAUCAGAGUUCCUCUUUUAGUGAGAGGCCCGGGGAUUAAGCCAAACCAGACUAGUCCGUUACUCGUAGCCAAUGUGGAUUUGGGUCCCACCAUCCUGGAUAUCGCCGGGUAUGACGUCAAUAAGACUCAAAUGGAUGGAAUGUCAUUUCUCCCUGUGAUGACUGGUCAAACCAACAGUAGUACAUGGAGGACAGAUAUCCUUGUGGAAUAUGAGGGAGAGGGAAAGAACAUCUCAGACCCAGCCUGCCCCUCGCUCGGGCCAGGAGUAUCGGAAUGUUUCCCAGACUGCGUGUGUGAGGAUGCCUACAACAACACCUAUGCUUGUGUUCGUACUGUCGCUCCCUCUGCUAACCUGCAGUACUGUGAGUUUGAUGACAAUGAGGUGUUUGUGGAGGUGUAUAACCUGACGGCAGAUCCAUUCCAGCUGACUAACAUCGCCAAGAGCAUCGAACAGGAGGUUCUGGAGCGGAUGAAUCAUCGUUUGAUGAUGUUGCAGUCUUGUUCAGGGCAGUCCUGUAGAACGCCAGGCGUCUAUGACUCACGGUUUAAAUUUGACCCUCGAAUGAUGUUUAGCAAUACCAAUAACCUUCACACAAGCAGAGUGCACCAGACAUUGAAGUAGACCACAUCAGAGGAAGAAGAGAGAGUGAGAGAGAGAGAGAGAGAGAGAGAGAAGACAGAAAAGAAGAGAAAAGAGUGGAGGGCUUUUUUUCAGCCUGUCCUACUCUUGCCUUUGUCUUUGUAACUUAAAGGAAGUCCUGUGGUAAUCCCUCUUUCUUUCCCUGUUUCCUUGAAUGAGUGAUCCCUCAUUGGGAAAGAAUAAAGAAUGGAGACAGGGCCUGUUAUAAUCUCUAUGGACCCUUUUCAAUAUGGCUGCCUUUAAUGAGGAAUUCUCCUCUGUUAUUUAUACUUGGGAGAGAAUAGUGUCACACUAAAUUAUCAAAUGCAUACACUUUUGAUUUCAGUCUUUUGUGUUAGUUAUAUGUUAUGAGCCAGAUGUUUUUAGGGGCCAUAUAGUUUGGUCUGACAGAAUAGACUUUUGCUGUUCUUCACAUGGUAAACUGCAUUGACGUACAGUGAGCUGAUCGGUCAGUCACUGUUUGUAUACAAGGCAGAGACAUAUCGAGAUGUGAUCCAAUUUGUUGGCAGCAUUUGAGACCUUAUAGAAUCUUGAUCCCAAAUAAUUCAUCAUGGAGGGAUAAAAGAAUGUUCAUGUCAACUACUUUAGGAUCAGUUUGAAAAGUUUGUAGGCCUUAAAUUUGACCUCUUUUGAUGUUUUCUAGAAUGGAAGGAUAUUGUGUUGGUUUGAGAGAUUUUUUUUUUUUGAGCAAAGUUAAUGUUGAUUAUAAUCAGAGCUGUUUUAAGUAGUGCUAAAGAUGACAAUGGUCAUAAACACACACUGUUACCGUUAACUCUUUUAUUCCAUGUGAAAUAUUAAUGGUCUGUCACUGGUUAUUUGUUUACUCACCCGUGUUGCUUGGAUUCCUGGAUGGAUUUGCUUUAGGGAGAACCCAGACUUGUACAGAAAUCACUUUAUCCAGAUACUUUAUUCACUAACCACUCCAGUUCAAAUAGUAAUUUGUGACUGAGUUAGUUCAUUUUUUUUCCAAGUAGCAGUGUUUUACAAUAAGCAUUCUUUGUGUGAAUGAGCCAAAGACAGACAGGUCAUUAAUUAUCAAUGAAUUUGCCGGAACUUGAAAUAGCCAAAUGAAAGAGCCUGUCCAUUUGUAUUGUGAAUGUGAAUUCAUAAGACUAUUUUUGCUAUGAGGGAGAUUCAGCGGAGUUUGAGGGUUAUUCUUGCUUUGUGAAGCCCAUGCACAUACGUUUUAACAGGCAAAAUCUGUCAGGAGCAGGAAGCUCCAAACUCCAAGGGAACUUUUCACUCUGGACCGCCAGAAUUGAUUGUUAUGCUAUGACUGGCAAUCUCUUGGUGGCACUCAGCUAAAGUCUGUGUUGACUUUGAUAUUGCCAGUGGACAGAAACCUGUGUUUUGGCACGAAAAGGCUGGUUGCCUUCAGUCAAGUGCCAGGCUACAAUAAUGCACCAUCCUCACUGUUAAAGAUGAGAUGGACACAAUAGAAAUAGCAAAACAAACAUUUCUGGUUAAUAUUAGGAGUGAAUAAUUUACAUACAUUUCAGUUCACUGAUGCACUUUCCAAUAUCUGGGGAAGAUGUUUGUUGUUUGCACAUAAUUCUGGCCUUUCUUUAUUUGCAUUUAGCAUUUUUGUUACAGUGUGUGUAGGCAUUUUUUCUGGCUUGUUUGUUUGAUCAAUAAAAGAACUCUGAAAAUGAA